AAACCCCAAAUUUAAUUCCAUUUAACCCCAGGAUGAUUUUAUUUCCUGUUUUUAUUCCAUAGCUAAAUUCUCUUCCCCUUCAUUUCUGAGCUCUUGAAUUCUCUCCCAUCGCUUGGCAAAGCCCAGCAGGGUCCAUGAAAUGGUGUUUUCCAUCGUUUCUUCACUUGGCCCAGAAAGGAAAAGCCUGAAAUUCCCAGAUUUAGCUCCAGAUCUUCCUGAAAAGCACUCAAAUUCAUUAAGCGAGCGCGUUAAUUAACCUAAUAGGACUGGAAAUCUAAUUGUUUGUGGCUUUUUUCUCAGCAUAGAAGUGAGGAAGGAAAGGUGGGUUUGGAGAAAACCUUUUGGGAUCUUCAUUGGGGUCAAGUCAAAAACAAGGGAUGUUCUUUUGGUCCAAUUCCAUGCUUUGCAGGCAAAAGUCCUCCUGGAAAUUCUGGAUGAGACGCCUCGAAAAGGCUUUGUGGCUUCUCCCUCAUUUGAAUACGUCCUCUGAUGUAACAGUGGUGGCUCUGGUGGGACAUCUCUGCAGGGAGGAGCACUGAGCCUGAAGAAGACCCAUGGCCGCAGCCACCAAGAGACGAAGAAGAACCUCAAGAAGGAAGAGGAAGAAGCAGAAAGUCCAGUGGAUAAAACCUGCGCUGAAGCACAGAAGGUCUCUGACUCGGAAGGGAUGGAGCAGCUGGUUGAAGAAGGGAUGGUGGAACAGGUACAUCUCCAGGCUGCUGCGCCAGCUGCCAUCCCAGACCACGUCGCUGAAGGCCAAGAGGUUGAUGAACACCUCCAUGGGUGACCUUUGCAAGCGGUUGGUCACCAAGGCGGACCGCCGGAGGAGGCAGCGCCGAGGAUCCUUCAUGGGCACCUUGGAGCUGCAGGCUGCUCUGGAGGAGGUCAAGAAAGGAGGGGGGAAACCAUCGCAGACAGGGGAUGCUCUCGGCCCCAUGGAGCCAUGGGUGCUGCUGGAUCCACGGCAGAAGGCUCUGUACCGGGAUGUGAUGCAGGAGAGCUACGAAACCCUCAUGUCCCUCGCACAAGGGCUGGUGAGUGGAAAAAUGGUGGAGGACACCGUGGUGGAAACCUGCGAGGAGCUCAAACCGUGCUCGUCCCACAGCCCGGAAAGGGAGAAAACCCUUGGUUCCAACAGACGGAAAACAAAGCGCCCGGAUAAAGCCGUACCGCAAGGCGCUCCCAAGAUGCCCGAAGCCCCAACGAUUCCCAAACUGGAUUGUGCCAAACCCCUCCGUGGGGCAACCAGCAAAGGGCUGGUAAGGGAACGGCCGUUCGGCUGCACCGACUGCGGGAAGAGCUUCCCGUGGGCUUCACACUUGGAGCGGCACCGGCGGGUGCACACAGGCGAGCGGCCGUUCGGCUGCGCGGAAUGCGGUGAGACCUACAGCCAAAGUUCUCACCUCCUCCAGCACCGCCGGACGCACGCCAGCGAUCGACCACAUAAGUGCGGCGACUGCGGCAAGCGCUUUGCCAGCGCGGCCGAGCUGGCGGCACACGGCCGGGGUCACACUGCUGAGAAACCUCACAAAUGCAGCGACUGCGGCAAAGGUUUCGUCUGGGCGUCCCACCUCGCCCGGCACCGGCGCGUCCACACCGGCGAGAAGCCCUACCACUGCGGCGAGUGCGGUGAAGCCUUCAGCCAAGGCUCGCACCUCGCCAAGCACCGGCGCAGCCACACCGGCGAGCGGCCCCACCGCUGCCCGGCUUGCGGCAAGACCUUUUGCCAAAGCUCCGACUUGGCACGUCAUCGCCGCACCCACCUUGGCAAGAAAGCUUUGCGUUGCGGUGACUGUGGAAAGCUUUUCCGAGCCGGGCUGGCAUUGGCGCGACAUCAACAGUGUCACCGGCGAGAACGCAGCCAUCGUUGCGCCGAUUGCGGGAAGGGCUUCGUCUGGGCGUCCCACCUGGAGCGGCACCGGCGGGUGCACACGGGCGAACGGCCCUUUCCCUGCGGAAGCUGCGGUGAACGCUUUGCCCAAAAAGCCCAUCUUCUCCAGCACCGGAAAACCCAUUCUCCUGACCGGCCCUACAAGUGUGGGGACUGUGGGAAACGCUUCGGCGAAGCUUCGUCCUUCCUCGCCCACCAGCGCAGCCACGCCACCCAGAAGAGCUUCACCUGCGGCGAGUGCGGCAAAGGCUUCGCGUGGGCGUCCCACCUAGAACGCCAUCGCCGCGUCCACACCGGCGAGAAGCCCUUCGAGUGCCCCGAGUGCGGUGAAGCCUUCAGUCAAAGCUCCCACCUCACCAAACAUCGCCGGAGCCACGUUCCCAAAGCCGCUUUCCCACUCGGAUCCCAACCGUUGUCCCUCUCCAGGACCCAGUUGGUGGCGGUGAAGCCCCACCACGGCAUUGAAGGUUUGGUGAAGGUGCCCGGGAAGCCUUGAAGGACUGAGAUCCCGGCAUCCAUGCGAUGGAUGAGGGACAAUGACCAAGGGAAAACUCAGCUUGGGGACUAAGGAAGGGGUUUGGAGAGAGAGAGCCUCUUCCCAAAGGAUUUGGGCUCUUCUCCAUUGGGAAAGGAUGGAUCUCGUGCCAAAAUAUGGAGCCUGCAGUGGUGAGGAGCCUCGUAGGACCACGAUCUUGGCAUCCAUGCGAUGGAUGUAGGACCAUCCUAUAUCCUUUCCCAAGGAAAAGCUUGGUUUGGGACAGCAAGGGCAUCAAGUGACAUUUAAAGGGAGAAGGGUGGCACCAGGGUGGGUGAUGGUGCUCCAGCAGGGAUCAGAGUGGUGGGAUUUAUCCUUCCCAAUGUCUCCCAGCGCCUUGCCGUGAAGGGGAACCUGGAAAGGGAGAGCUCUGGAGAGAAGGAGCUUCUUCCCAAGGGAUUUGGGCUCUUCUCCAUUGGGAAAGGAUGGGUCUUCUGCCAAAAUAUGGAGCCUGCAGUGGCGAGGAGCCUUGUAGGACCACGAUGGUGGCAUCUGUGUGAUGGAUGGGGGACACUGUCCAAGCAAAAACUUGGGUUUGGGGGACACCAAGUGACGUUUAAAGGGAGAAGGGUGGCACCAGGGUGGGUGACGGUGCUCCAGCAGGGAUCAGAGUGGUGGGAUUCAUCCUUCCCAAUGUCUCCCAGCGCCUUGCCGUGAAGGGGAACCUGGAAAGGGAGAGCUCUGGAGAGAAGGAGCUUCUUCCCAAGGGAUUUGGGCUCUUCUCCACCGGGAAAGGAUGGAGGUAACGCAGGAUUGCUUCUUACGCCAAAAUCCAGCGUCCUUUACGCCUGCUCCUCGCUGCUGCCGGGCUGGAGAAGGGAAUGUCACCUCGCACCGAUGCAGAGGGUGAGAUGCCGAGGGCACAGCGGGUUUGGCAGCGGGAGGUGCCGGCGUGGGGCAGGGAAUAAAAAAGGGAGGUUUGUGCCCCGCAGCCGCCUGUGUCCGGCUUCUCCUUGUGCCCCACCAGCUCCGUCCUCCGUCGCUUUUCCGCGCUUCCUAUAGGAAACACCGUGAGCAUCUUCUCCCUCUCCAAAGACAAAACCACACGGAAAUAAUCUGAGGGGUUUUUUUGUUUUUCUUUUCCACUGAGCUACUUUCUACUUUAUUCCCUGCUAUCACGAAGCCGAGGGAACCCGAGCUCCCCACCGAAUUCCCAGCUCGGCGCGUUCCCAAACCACCCUCGGCAUUUGGGGGGGGGUCCCAGCAGGAAGCAGCGGCGCUGGGGAUGGAUGCAGGACCCCGUGGCUCUUCCCUGAGCUGUUUGCCCCCAAAAGCUCCCUGUGGAAUGGGAGUUCUCCGGAUUAUUUUACCCCUGCGUUCCCUUCCCGUGUCUCCAGGAGCGAAGCAGAGGAUGAGGAAGGUGAGAGGGAGAAGUUCCAUCUCCCCACCGCCCUAAAUUAUCCCCCAGCCCUCC